UUCCUUUCUUCCCCUCUUUCGCUAUCGAGAGCCCCCUCGCGUUUGUUCGCUCAACCGGCGCCUUGCUAAAUCAGGAGAACCAAAAAAAAAAGGCUAAUCCAGAGGAGCUUAUGCUCGUGGGCCACACGUAAAAUGCUGAUCGGCUUUGGAGAGGACUCGCAUCUCUUUGAAGCCGUUGGAUGACGAGACAAGUUGCGGAAGUGAACCACGCGCCCACAAGCGUUAGCUAGUAGAGUGGUAGCCCGAGGCGCACGAUAAACACUGGCUCUUCUCUAAGUCGGCUAGAGAACGCCGAACUCCCCAACGGAUUUUGAUUGACAAUACAUGGAAGACUAGAGGUAGUGGAUGAUACAUUCUGGUUUUGAGGAAUCUGUCUUGACGAUUUGAGGAGAGGUGGUGGUGAACAAUGUCCACCAGGAGUGAACAUCAAACUGUCCCGCUCUCGGUGCUGUUGAAGCGGGAAUUGGCCAGUGAGAAGAUUGAGAAACCUGAUAUUAUACAUGGACAGGCCAGCCAAAGCAAGAAAGGGGAGGACUUCACUUUACUCAAGACCGAAUGCCAAAGGGUGGUUGGAGAUGGGGUUUCUACAUACUCGGUUUUUGGGCUAUUUGAUGGACAUAAUGGAUCUGCAGCUGCUAUAUACUCAAAAGAGAAUCUUCUAAACAAUGUUUUAGCUGCUAUUCCUCCAGAACUUAGCAGAGAUGAGUGGGUAGCUGCCUUACCUAGGGCUUUGGUUGCAGGGUUCGUUAAGACAGAUAUAGAUUUCCAAGAGAAAGCACGAACUUCAGGAACAACUGUUACCUUUGUUAUAAUAGAAGGAUGGGUGGUAACUGUUGCUUCCGUUGGUGAUUCACGGUGCAUACUUGAAUCUGCUGAAGGUGAUAUAUACCAUUUGUCAGCAGACCAUAGACUUGAAUGCAAUGAAGAGGAGAGAGAUCGUAUCACUGCAAGUGGGGGUGAGGUCGGUCGACUGAAUACAGGUGGUGGUGCAGAGAUUGGUCCUUUGAGAUGCUGGCCUGGUGGCUUGUGCCUUUCACGAUCCAUUGGUGAUAUGGAUGUUGGAGAGUUCAUUGUUCCGGUUCCUUAUGUAAAGCAAGUGAAGUUGUCUACAGCUGGUGGUAGGCUCAUAAUUUCAAGUGAUGGUGUCUGGGAUGCUUUAUCACCUGAAAUGGCUUUUGAUUGUUGUCGUGGGAUGCCAGCAGAUGCAGCAGCUACUCAAGUUGUUAAGGAAGCUUUACAUGUAAAGGGACUGCGAGAUGAUACUACUUCCAUUGUGAUUGAUAUACAACCACCAGAAAAGGUACCUGCUGCUCCUUUGCCACCACCAAAGAAGCAGGGAAAAGGGGUUUUCAAGUCCAUGUUUCGCAAGAAGCCGUCAGAGUCAUCUUCUCAUGUUGACAAAGAAUAUAGUGAACCAGAUGUGGUGGAGGAGUUAUUUGAGGAAGGAUCUGCUAUGCUUGCCGAAAGGCUAGAUGCGAAAUACCCGAUAUGCAACGUGUUUAAGUUGUUCAUGUGUGCAGUUUGUCAAGUAGAGAUGAAACCUGGAGAGGGUAUAUCUAUACACGCUGGUUCAUCUAAUGCAGGAAAAUUACGCCCCUGGGAUGGCCCCUUCCUUUGCUCAAGUUGCCAGGAGAAGAAAGAAGCCAUGGAAGGGAGAAGAGGAGAUGGAUCUAGGUAUAGUAGUGGAAGUGACUAGCCAAUCCUCCUCAACUACAUUUGCAUUCCACGAGCACUAACAAUUAUUUAUUUAAUAGCUUAAAUCGGAAACAGGGACCUCUCUUUCCCCUCCAUUUCCUUUUGAGGGAUUUGAGCAUUUGGAUUCAUUUUGAUAUUCUAUUUCAGCAACCAUCAAGAUCUCUUUCUAAUGUUUCCAAGCUGAGCCAGAAAACUGGAGUUAGAGCUGGUUAUUUGUUGUCUGAGAAUCUGUUUCCAACUUGGGAAGCGACAACACAUUCUGCCUAGGCCCCUUUGAAAGAUGUGUGGAAAGUCUUGAACAACUCACCACUGCACUAAAAGGCACUUGAGGUGAUAAAUAUUUAGUUCUGUAUCCAUUCCAUUGUAUACUGGUUCUUCCAUUUCAUAGAGCUAACAGUGAAUGCAAUCAGCCUUCAGUAUUAUAUUACUCUAUGUAGGGAGUUUCUAUAAGAACUCUAACACGGAUUCAUUCCGAUCUCUGGAAAAACUCGUGCGAUCAGCUUUCAGAAUUGAAUUUGUUCAUGUGUCAUUGAUUUGAUGUUUCCUUUGAUGAGGUUAAGCGUAAAUAGGAGAAUUGGAAAUUUGUUUAUUUGCAAAAACAAAGUUUUUAGUCUUUGUUACUCA